UUUCCAUUGAACUGUUUUUUUUUUUUUGGAAAGCAAUGUGUUUGAAGAUUGUCAGUCAUCAAGGUCAUGGCAAUCCGCAGAGGUUAACAAGCUUUUGGACAAGAAAUCGCUGAGUCAUUCUAUGACUCAUAGCCACGCCCCUCGAGGGACUUCCGUGUUUUGAUGAAGCAAGUGGACAGAAAAUAACUCAGUCACUUGGAUACAUUACCUUGAAGCACAAUGAACGUGAGAAAAGUGGAGAAAACUGUGCUGAGUGUGGAGCAGGGUGAGGGAGUUGGCGCUCGUGUUCGCAGAAGCAUUGGUAGAAAAGAGUUAUUCCCAAGUGUCUCUCCCAGUUGCAGAACCUGGAUCCUUUUUUGAUGUUGGAUGAGUUUCGUGUCAGCAAGCCAGCAGGUUUUCCAGACCACCCUCACAGAGGAUUUGAAACAAUGCUAGCCGUUGGAGGAGGUCUUGUUCUGAUGACCAUUUAUCAAAGCGUUAGGAAUAUUAAUGGGGAAGUAGAGCACGUUUGCUUUCAUCUUUGCUACGUUCUCUUUUACACCGUCGCUGUGUUGUUCCCCGAACAGGUAACGUACGUGUUGGAAGGGGUCGUAGCCCAUGAGGACUUCUGUGGCCAUUCAGGGCGACUGCAACCUGGAGAUCUGCAAUGGAUGACUGCAGGACGGGGAGUGGUUCACGCUGAGAUGCCCAUGUCUGAGGAACCCUUGGUGGGUUUGCAGCUCUGGGUGAACCUGUCCAGACAAAACAAAAUGGUGGAACCAGCCUAUCAGGAGCUGCGGAGCUCUGAGAUCCCCAAACCAACUCAGGGCGGAGUCACGGUGGCUGUGAUUUCUGGAGAAGCCCUAGGAGCAAAAGCCAAGGUCUUCACAAGGACAUCGACCAUGUAUUUGGAUUUUGCGCUGAGGACAGGAGCCCAACAUGUGCAGCCAGUUCCCUCAGGAUGGACUGCUUUCAUUUACACUCUAUCAGGAACCAUUGAUGUUGGUCCAGAUGAGGAGCAGCAGAAGGUGGAGCCCCAUCACACGGUAGUUUUUGGGGAUGGAGAUUGUGUGCGAUUUGAAAACAAAGGUUACGACAUUUCCCAUUUUGUCCUGAUCGCCGGAGAACCAAUCAACGAGCCUGUGGUGAAACACGGUCCAUUUGUUAUGAACACGCAGGAAGAGAUCAGCCAGGCGAUCAGCGACUACAGGAAUGCUCAAAAUGGCUUUGAGCGGGCCUUAAAUUGGAGAUCUAAGAUCGGGGAUGCUGUUUGACCACAAUGUUGUACAAAAUAUCUUGUUGUUUGUCUAUAUGAGUAAUAUUUUAUAUCAUAAAAAGGCAUUUUCAUUUUA